AUGGACACUGAUCAAGAAAUCAAGCAAGUUUUAAUUACAAACGAGGACGCAUCCAGAUCCGACGACGAAAAUUCUCCGAUCGAACAGGUAGCACUCACAGUUCCGGUAAUCGACGAUCCAUCCCUACCGGUCUUCACUUUCCGAACAUGGAUAUUAGGAACUCUCGCCUGCGUUUUUCUCUCUUUCUUGAACCAAUUCUUUGGGUUCCGCCGAGAGCCUCUUUCAGUCACGGCAAUCUCAGCGCAGAUUGCGGUGGUUCCGUUGGGUCACCUAAUGGCAGCGACGCUGACGGACAGAGUUUUCAUGAAAGGGAAGAAGUGGGAGUUCACGCUGAAUCCCGGGAAAUUCAACGUGAAGGAGCACGUGCUUAUUACCAUAUUCGCUAGUUCGGGUGCUGCUAGUGUUUACGCUAUUCAUUUCGUUAGCGCAGUUAAGGUUUUUUACAGGAAGGAGAUAACGGUGUUGGUUGCGUUGUUGGUUGUUUUGACGACGCAGGUUUUGGGAUUUGGUUGGGCCGGGGUUUUCCGUCGUUACUUGGUGGAGCCCGCUGCUAUGUGGUGGCCGCAAAAUCUCGUCCAAGUGUCGCUUUUCAGGGCACUACACGAAACAGAGGAGAGACAGAAAGGAGGGUUAACACGAAAUCAGUUCUUCCUUAUAACAUUUAUAUGCAGUUUUGCAUAUUAUGUGUUUCCAGGCUACUUGUUCCCAAUGCUAACAUCACUCUCUUGGGUAUGUUGGGUGUUUCCCAAUUCAGUUAUAGCACAACAGCUAGGUUCAGGGUUAAAUGGUCUUGGACUUGGAGCUGUUGGAUUUGAUUGGUCCAGUAUAUGUUCUUAUCUUGGUACCCCUUUGGCUAGUCCAUGGUUUGCUACAGCUAACAUUGCUGCUGGUUUUGGCAUUUUCAUGUAUAUCGUUGUUCCUAUUGCUUAUGGCCUUAAUCUUUACCAUGCAAGAAGAUUUCCCAUCUUUUCAGAUGGUUUGUUCAGCUCUAAUGGUAAAAAGUAUAACAUCUCAGCUAUUACUGACUCUAACUUCCACCUUGAUUUGGAAGCUUAUCAACGUGAGGGCCCUCUUUAUCUUAGCACCAUGUUUGCUAUGUCAUAUGGUAUUGGUUUUGCUUGCCUUUCUGCAACUCUUGUUCAUGUCUUGCUCUUCCACGGGAGUGAUAUAUUGCAGCUAAGUAAGUCUGCUUUUCAAGGAAAGAAGAUAGAUAUACACACGAAGAUCAUGAGAAAAAAUUACAAACAAGUUCCUGAAUGGUGGUUCUUGUGCAUUCUUUUGUUCAGCAUUACGGCAGCUAUGUUUGUGUGUGAGUAUUACAACGAUCAACUCCAGCUACCAUGGUGGGGUGUGAUGUUAGCAUGUGUUGUUGCUGUAUCAUUUACUCUUCCUGUUGGAAUAAUCCGAGCUACGACAAAUCAGGCACCUGCUUUAAAUGUGAUAACAGAGUACAUAAUUGGAUACAUCUACCCUGGCUAUCCUAUUGCAGUCAUGUUGUUUAAAGUGUAUGGGAACAUGAGUAUGAAACAGGCGAUUUUCUUUUUGCAAGAUUUUAAGCUUGGCCAUUACAUGAAGAUUCCUCCUAGAGCAAUGUUCUUGGCACAGGUACUUGGCACAAUAAUAGCUGCAAUUGUGCAUCUAUUGACAGCAUGGUGGCUAAUAGAAACAGUUCCAGAUAUAUGCCAUAGGGAAUUGCUUCCAGCAGGAAGCCCGUGGACUUGUCCAGGAGAUCAUGUAUUCUAUGAUGCAUCUGUGAUAUGGGGUUUGAUAGGGCCUCGCAGAAUAUUUGGAAAUCUAGGACACUACUCGGCCAUCAACUGGUUUUUCUUGGCUGGUGCUACUGCUCCUUUAGCUGUUUGGCUAGCACACAAAGCCUUCCCUGAUAAACCAUGGAUUAAACUUAUUACUAUGCCUGUGCUCUUAGGAGCAUUAUCCGAAAUGCCUCCAGCUACACCAGUUAACUACACUAGUUGGGUUCUUGUUGGAUUUGCCUCGGGAUUUGUUGCUUACCGUUACUAUCGUGGUUGGUGGACCCGUCACAACUAUCUCUUGUCUGGAGCACUUGAUGCUGGAUUAGCCUUCAUGGGAGUUUUUCUUUACUUGUGUUUGGGGAUGCAGCAUAUCAGCCUAGAUUGGUGGGGUAGUAACUCAGAUAGAUGCCCUUUAGCUUCAUGUCCAACUGAUUCUGGUGUCAUAUCUAAAGGGUGUCCUAUUUUUUGA